AUGCAAGACUAUCUCGAUUACAUCUAUCCGAUGGUACCGGUUAUACAUCGACCGUCUUUUCAGAACGCGCUUCGUAACGAUCAGGACCGUGAUGAUGAUGGCUUUCUGGCACUCACCGUAGCCAUCGCCGCAUUGGUCGUUGCCACUAUGGCAAGCAGGUUCCAUGAAUAUCAAUCAGAUACGCGUACAAUAAGAUUCAACUCGCGCAAAGAGUUUGUCCAUGCCUGCUACAAAAAAGCAAUGGGAUUGAGAACAUCAACAUACUUCGACCAGCUCAGUUUCCAGAAGUUUGCUGUUUCCUAUCUCUUCCAAGCGUCCUUUCUGCAACUUGGGGACCACAAUUGGUCUCGUAUGCUGAGCGUCGAAGCAAUGCAACUUGCACGUCUCUUGAAGCUUCACCAGAUCUCUGAUUACAACGGCCUCAAUUGCAUAGAGGCACAAUUACGCAAGAAGGGAUUCUGGCUUAUGUUUUACACUUUUGUCCAUGCGCAUGUGCAAAAUUUACAAGGCGAGAGACUCGCUUACCUCGAUCCAGUCUUACUUGAUUCCAUAAACCCGGAAGAUCUCAUGCCACUUGAGGUGGAUGACGAGCUGAUAUUCGAAAGAAGUGUGCUAGCAGCCGCUGGAAACGAAUCAUCUCUUGUGACAGGUUUCAUAAUUCAUUCCCGCGUGUUCUGGGCCGCGAUCAGAGAUCCCGUUCUUAAACCAACAGGAGGCCACUGCCCCUGUGUUAGAGUCAAGGACUGCAAAAUUCAGAUCAAUCACUUCAACGAAAGGCUUCAUUGCCUUCAGGAUCUGGCCACCCAUAUUCCUCCCUCCUUUCAAACGUGGACAGCCACCCAGGAGGGAGCAAAUGAUGAUGACAUGGACAAUGACAAGAAGAUUGCGCAAUCUCAGUUUGCAUCAAUACAAGCCAACCUCCACGUCACCCUCAUAUGGCUUCAAAGUCUUAUACUCGAUCAGCUAGAAGCGGCCCAGUCCCAUUACCAGCACGACCCAUCGUUAACAGAACAUCCGGCAAUCAUGGACCAAAGAUCGAUAUGGAUUGAAAGGGAAAAGCUCUGUCGUCAAUUGUUUUUCAUUCUGUUCAACUUCCCUCGGCUGAGUAUAGAGACAAACGGAUUGCACCUCGCCAACAAAGUGCGCGAUGUUGUGGCAAGCCUAAUAGGUUGUCCAUUCCACCCCGAUGAUCCCCUAUCAAAGCAGGCGAGUGAGUACGUACAACUAUCCACUGACAUCCUGUCUCGACUUGACAGCAGUGAAGGCAUCAAUACGAUGCAUCUGCAGACAUGGAUAGAUACAGAUCGCGUUCACGGGUAA